AUAGUUUGAAUACUUACGUGAUACAUGGCUGCAACAUUUACAUACUAGUAAUCGUUGCCCUGGGGUGGGGCUUGUUAAAUUUAGGCGUGUUGCCCUCACUCGUUUUCGCCUAGGGUCACUCGGUCUAUUGUCAAACCCUCAUUAAUAAAAGCGUGUUAGACAACACGUUUGUUACAAAAAAUUCACUCACAUGUUAGCCACAUGUAGCCAUGUUUGAACUGUACUACGGGACGCUAAAUUGUUCGACAUAAGUCUCAAGCCCAACAAAAUCAAGCACCAAAGAGACAUGCAACUAUGACAAGUUUAGCGGGCGACAAAAAGCUGUUCUUUGUAUCACUAAUAUCAUUCGUCACAGGAAGCAUGCUAGUGUACGUGAACUGUUGGCUUUCGUCGCCGCCAUGCUAUGUCAAUGUUUACACAAGAAUAGCUGAUGUGGAAAGCUUCAACGUUCCCCCGGGGUACACAGCGCGUGCAAUACUACGGCCGAUGAAAAAGGAGGAAGAGCGCCCCCUUGCGUCCACACCAGUAUAUACAGGGCUUAUAGGAGAAAAACCAUGUGAGUGCUUUGGAGCUUGGCAUCGGGAUUUCUUUUCACAAAAGCAGUGGACUGCAAGACAAAGGAACCAGGAGAAAUGUUUACAGAGAUACGAACGAAGGCAAAUGGUGUUACAAGGCGUUCACAACUAUGUUGAUGGAUCUUCACCCAUCAGCUAUCCUUCUCACGGUCUCCAAGUCAGGCCGCUGAGAGCUGUACAUCUAAAUGGUCUUAGAAUCACAUGGUUUGACUCAAAGAGCAUUGUCACCAACGCAGUACAUACGGUCAGACUUCAAUGUGAAAGGGGCGUAUUCAGACAACUUGUCAAAGUACAAGGCGUGGUCGUUCAAGGGGCGCACACGAAUGACUUUACCAUUCAGACCUCGAAACCACAGCAGUUAAAUCGGCAACUUUGGCACAUUGUGUACCAGAACACAGAGUUUGAUACCAACGCCUUUGAUCUAGUGAAACUGCAUUACAUGAAAUUCAGCAUCACCAUACCGGUUCACAUACGUCACCGGCUUAUACCGUGGCUACAUGACCAAGGUCAAGGUAGAAUCCAGGACAGAGUCAGUGUUGUUGUGAAGACGUUUCUCCGGUACAGCAAUCUGAGACGUCUUGUCAGAUCUGUAGGAGAUCUGUAUCCUGGGACGAGGAUUAUUGUUGCAGACGACACCCCUUACCAAAAGUUUGAGAGUUUCCAGGACGAGAACACUGAUCACUACAUAAUGCCACAGUUCAAGGGAUUUUUCGCUGGUCGAAACCUGGGCCUGUCACAAGUGACCACAGAGUAUUUCCUGUACAUGGACGAUGACCAUUAUCUCAAGCCGUACACAAAACUGGAAAUCCUCGUUUCUCUGCUGGACAGAACAGACUAUCAUGUAGUAGGAGGUGUGUAUGAGGAUUUGGAGAUGUUCGCCACCACCAUCCGUGUGUUAGGAGACGACACGCAUGCAUGUUACGAGAAGUUACGAGGAUGGUAUCACUCCAUACCUGAUUUUCCAGGUAAGGGUAUCUCUUUUAUUCCUCUAUGA